AUGUCUCUGCAGUACCUCCCCUCCGUCAAGCCCUCGGCUAUUGCCCUCGGCCUUGCUUUCAACCACGGCAUUGAGCUCGCCAUCCUCUCGCCUCUGUUUGGCCAGACCUACCAGCGCGCCAAGUCGGCCAACACCAAGGAGGAGUUCAUCAAGUCCAAGGAGGCUGCCGGUGCCGCCGCCGCCUGGGGCACCUCGUUUGUCGGCGCUGGUCUCCAGUCGUACGGCGUCGCCGCUCUCAUCAACGCUACCGGUACUCUGUCCUACAAGGGCGCCGCCUACCUCGGCGGUCUCAUCUUUGCUGCCACUGCUGCUCCCGGUUUCCUCGCCCAGGUCUUCACUGAGAAGCGUCCUCUCGACACCGUCGGUGCCAGCGUCGUCGCCAAGCUCUUCGAGACGGUCGGCCUGUCCCUAGUCCUCACCUGGUGGGGAACGCGCUCCAACCCCUUCAACUAA